ACAUCUAUAUUUCUCGAGAAUAUCGCAAUUUCGUAGCCCGAUUUCAUAAUUACUAUCCUCGACGAUAUUACAGAUUAUCUAUCAAAUGAGGACUUCAACACAAAGAUGAUCGUGAAACGUGAGUCGUAUAUAUAGAUAUAAUGUUUGAUUAACCUACAACUACAACUUAUGUUCUAUGACUCAUGGCUGUCUUUCUGUUUAGGCUUUAAUUGUUUAUACAGAAAAAUAUUUUUAUACAAUAAGGAACUGUAUGAUUGGAGUCUUGGAUAUUUUAAUGUAAGAAGCAUUGAUCAGUGAAGAUCUUACAAUAUUAAGCUUGUCUGUCAUGAGUUUUAUAUAAAGAGAAACUGGAAUUUGACUUCCUGUGUGAUUGGAAUCUUGAGUUAUUAUAUAAAAAGCAUUGAUCAGUGAAGGCCUAAUAGAUGAACAAAAGAACCAACACAACAAUUUAUAAGCAUAUGUUGCAUUGUAAUGCUUAGUGAGAUUCAAAGUGCUUAAGAUUUGGUAAUGCUUAUGUUGUGAAAAUAAUUAUUUUUUUAUAAUUAAAAUAGAAAGGAAGUAAGACAAUGAGUAAGAUUUUAGGAAUCUUAAGAGCAAAAGUAAUUAGUGGAACUACCAUUCCUACUGCAAUCGCUUCCAAUCCAUCUAAUUUAAAUGAAAUUGAGGAAGAAAUUAAAAGAUUAGAACAAGAACAAGAAGAAUAUGAUAAACAAGCAAUAAAUGAUUAUCAAGAAAGAUUGGAUGAAGAGGAACAAGAGGUCAAAAGAGGGAUAUAUGAUGGGGAUUUAAAAAAAAAUAUCAAAGCAAGAAAAAAAGCUCUAGAUGAUUUUAAUGCAAUUGCUCCCAAUUCAACGUCUGAUUUCUACCUCAAAUUAAAGGAAGUUGAAGAAGAAAUUCAAAAAUUAAAACUAAACUGUGAAGAAAGUGAUAUACAAGCAAUUGAUUAUUCAGCAAGAUUGUAUGAAUUGGAUGAACUGGAACUAGAGGCCAAAAAAGAUGAAAUAUAUGAUGGAAAUUUAAAAGAACAUAUCAAACAAGCAAGAAAAAAAGUUAUAGACUCAAGUUUGCAUGAAUUGGAUGAAUUAGAACUUGAUGCCAAAAGAUAUGGACUAUAUAAUGGAGAUUUAAAAGAACAUAUCGAACAAGCAAGAAAAUAUGUUUUACAUGGCUAUGAUAAAUUACUUUUAUUGAUUGCUAAGCAAAAUCUAACUUCAGAAAUUGGUAUUGAUGUAUUAGAAGCAGAAGAUUUUAUAGAUACAACAAGACAAUAG